AUGUCUGCGUUGAUUAUCUUGUCUGAAGGAGCCGAAGAACUCGAGACUGUAACUGUGGCGGACGUUCUUGCUCGCGCUGGCAUAAAAGUCACCUUGGGAGGACUUCAAGGCUCUGGUGUAGUCAAAUGCAGUCGCGGUGUCGGGAUACAGGCGGACGCAGCUCUGCAAAGUGUGGCGUCUAAGUUGUACGACGUGGUUGUGAUGCCCGGUGGCCUUGGUGGCUCUAAGGCGAUGGCCUCCUCAGAUUUGGUUGGAAAACUGGUGCGCGCGCAUUACGACGCUGGGAAAUACGUGGCAGCUAUCUGCGCAGCUCCUAUGGGAUUGCAGUCGCACAAAAUUGCCCUGGGGAAAAAACUGACAUGCUAUCCGUCGUGCAAGGACUCUGUACCGGACUUCAAUUACUGCGAGGACAGUGUUGUCGUCGAUGGCAAGUUAGUGACCAGUCGGGGUCCAGGCACGGCAAUGCAGUUUGCUUUAAAGCUGGUGGAGUUGUUGGUGGAUAAGAACACAGCCCAUAAGGUUGCCAGUGGGAUGCUUGUUGAGUACAGU